AUGUAUCGAGGAUUUUGUAUAAAAAUUGCUUUAAAAGAUCUGGUCUUUAGGGGUUUAUUCAGAUUACCCGUUCCAGAAGAAGAAAUAAAAUUGAUGAAUGAAUUAAUUGCCAGUGAUGAAAAUCUCAGAAAAAUUGUAAAUGAUUACAAAAAAAAUUUAAUUGAGUUACAGGACCAUUUUAUUGAAUUUGGUGAUUAUAAAAUGACAAGUUUUGAUUUUAUAAUGCUAGUUUUUGACGAUAAAAAAGUAAAAUUUUUAGCAAGAAACGAGAAUUUAUGGGUUGCCGUGUAUAUGGAAAUUUUCCCGCGUCACAUGUAUUCAGGUAACUUUUCUCCCUUUCGUAUCCAUUAUGAUCAAAUUAGAAUCAGGAUAGAAGAUAUUGAGGAAAGAUUAAGACAUCUCAAAAAUUUGAAGAAAAUUUCAUCACUUAGAAAAGCCAUACCGUUACCGUUUGAACUGUUUCAAACAGUAAAAAUUGCCAUUUCAAAUACUAUUGGUAUGCCUAACUUGCAUAAAGUCACGGUUACCGAAGAUUUGCCGAAGUUUAGGUUGCCAAACUUGGGCGUAGCUUGGAACAACUACGGCAGACCAAAGUUUGACAUACUCUUGGUAUGCCUAACUUGCAUGAACUCAAGGUUACCGAAGAUUUGCCUAAGUUUGGGUUGCCAAACUUGGGCGGAACUUGAAAAAACUACGGCAGUGCCGAACUUCGGCUUGCCUAUAGUGCAAUUAAUAUGGCGUAAAUUAGGCUUGCCAAAGUUCGGAAAGCCAAACUUGCCCCGAAUUGAUUGUUCGGCUAUGCCUCACAAAAUUUCUCGUCGGGCGAUAAGUCAUCUCUCGUAG